UUUAUUAACAAAACAAAAAGAAAAAAACAUUGGUUAUGUCUUCAAUUAGCAUGAUUGGAGUUUCCAUAGCCAUCAUAUACUUUCUCAUCCUCCUUAGCUUCCUCUUCAAAAGACAUCUUCUCAUCAAGUUCCUUACAAUUAGCUGGCCAGUGUUGGGGAUGAUGCCAGGUCUUUUGUUUGUGCUACACCGUGUCUUUGACUUCGCUGUGGAGGUUCUUGAAAACAAUGGGUUAACAUUUCUAUUCAAGGGACCGUGCUUCGCGGGAAUGGAUAUGCUGGUCACAGUUGAUCCGGCUAACAUUCACUACCUAAUCAACUCAAACUUCUCAAAUUUCACAAGAGGUUCCGACUUUAGAGAAACCUUUGAUGCCUUUGAAGAUUCUUUACUAGCAAAGGACUCGGAGGCAUGGAAGAAACUGAGGAAAGCUACUCAGGACAUGAUACAACAUCAAGGAUAUCAAAGAUUGUCAAUGAGUACCAUGAGAAGUAAAGUCAAGAACGGUCUUGUCCCGUUUUUUGAUCAUGUCGUAGAGGAAGGCAAGACCGUAGACUUGCAAGAUGUGUUUUGGAGGUUAACGUAUGAUACAAGUAUAGUUACGAUAACUGGGUGUGAUGAUCCUAGAUCUCUCUCCAUUGAAAUGCCAGAGAAUGAGUCUGCUACAGCUCUCAACAAUAUAGGACAAGGUCUUGUAUAUAGGCAUGCAAAACCUAGAUUCUUGUGGAAGCUACAAAAGUGGAUCGGAGUUGGGAUAGAGAAGAAAAUGAUUGAAGCUGGUGCCGUUUUCGAUCGUGUGUGUGCCAAGUACAUAUCAACCAAGAGAGAAGAGAUUAAAACAUCACAAGGGAUGACUCAUGAUCAUUUAGAUGGAGACAAUGAAGAUAUUUUGGCAUCUCACAUGAAGCUUGAUACAACCAAGUACCAACUGUUGAAUCCUAUCAAUGAUAAAUUCCUUAGAGACACUAUCAUAGGUUUCUUAUUAGCUGGGAGGGAUACAACUGCCUCUGCUCUCACUUGGUUCUUCUGGCUUUUGUCCGAAAACCCUAGAGUGGUGACUAAGAUUCGCCAAGAGAUGGACACAAAUCUACCAAGAGGUUGUAGUAGUGGCCAAGAAAAGCUGUCUUAUGAUUCAAUGGAGUACUUGAAAAAGUUAGUGUAUUUACAUGCCACAUUGUGUGAAACAAUGAGGCUUUACCCUCCAGUUCCGGUCGAGCUUGUGUCUCCCGUAAAGACAGAUGUGCUUCCAAGUGGCCAUAAAGUCGAAGCAAACUCGAAGAUUUUUAUCUUCAUUUAUGCGUUGGGUAGGAUGAGAGCCGUAUGGGGGGAAGAUGCAUUAGAAUUCAAGCCAGAGAGAUGGAUUUCAGAGACCGGAACGUUGAGACAUGUACCUUCCUUCAAGUUCUUAGCAUUCCAUGGCGGCCCAAGAAGUUGUCUAGGUAAGCAAAUAGCUAUGAACUUAAUGAAGACUGUGGUGGUGGAGAUUUUACAAAACUUUGACAUUAAGGUUGCUAAAAGGCAGAAGAUUCAACCAGAUACUAAUGCAAUUCUUAGGAUGAAGCAUGGACUUAAGGUUACAAUUCACAAGAGAUGCUAAAGAUAAAGAAGAAAUAUAUAUAUAUAUAUAUAUAUAUAUGUAUAAAAUAAAAUAAAAUAAGAGAUGCUCAACCUGAAUUCAUCUUAAAUCAUGAAAAAAACUAUGUUUGUUUUAA